UUUUGGCUACAGUCGUAGAAAGACUUCCAGACGUCGGAAGCCAGCAGGACUUUUAGUGUGCUUUAAAGCAUUACUUGGCGAGACUUUCAAGCAUGGAUUUGGCGUGUGUGCUGUGUCUGGUGUUGAGCAUCUGCGCUUGGUUCGCCUCGGCGGAGAGACACAGCGUCUUUUGGAACAGCUCCAAUCCAAACUUCCUGUGGGACGACUACACGGUGGAAGUCAGCAUCAACGACUACCUGGACAUCAUCUGCCCCCACUACGCCCACGGCGAGGUGCCGCCCCACAGCGCCGAGCGCUACGUGCUCUACAUGGUGGAGAAAGAGGACUACGAGGUGUGCAAGCCGCACUCCUUCGACCAGCUCCGUUGGGAGUGCUCGCGGCCUUUUGCUCCUCACGCUCCUGAGAAGUUCUCGGAGAAGUUCCAGCGCUUCACCCCCUUCACCCUGGGCAAGGAGUUCAGGCAGGGAGAGAGCUAUUAUUACAUCUCCAAGCCGAUGCAUCACCACGGCCAGGACUGUCUGCGUCUCAGAGUGGACGUAGCCGGCCCGAAAGGCUCUGAAAAAUCUCGCUUGGACAAAUCCAAGACCGUCGUGGAGAAAGGCUUGGACGCAUCCAAAGCCAAGUUUGUGUCUACGGGAGGAGUGCACAACCUCUCCAAUCGUCUCCCGGCAGAUGACCCCACUGCGAUGGAGCCAAACGUUCAGAGGAGUAUCGGAAAUACCGGAACGCGGACAAUCUCCUUAUCGCUAUUCUUUAUCACGCUCCUUCCAGUUUUGUUAGCAGUGAUGCUUCACUGACUGGGAUGACAAAAACAUUGCAAAAAACACUCAAAACGCACCAGUGCUGGUCACUGGAGUCACAGACAAGACAGAGUUUUUAUACAAAGACAAACUGUGAGCGUGCGUGCGUGUGUGUGUGUGUGUGUGUGUGUGUGUGUGUGUGUGUGUGUGUGUUUUGGUGUGAAUGUGGGGCGCGGAGCGCUCCAAAGAAGAGGACCUCAAUUUUGUUUUUUUUUUGUUUUUUUAUACCUGACGAUAAUAAGGAUGAAGAGCAUCAUUUUCCACUAUGAGCAGUGCAGUCACAUACGGACACUUAAUGUUAUCAUACCACUCAAUAGGUACAAUUCCUCCGUGUCGCUUUGUUCUCCUGUGUGUAGAAUGAGGAUGAAUUGUGUUGAUAUAGGAAAAAUAGUCAGCUACUUGCACAAUGCCGUUCAAUAUGGAGGAUUUUAGUUUUUAUCAUUAUUGUUUAUGUAGCACUCAACCCUUGUUGCAUCUCUGCACACUUCUGACAGCUUCACACUGACACAACUAUACAUUCUUAUUCAGGUACAUUAUGGAGACAAUACUAAUACAUAACAGAGAGCAUUCCCUCCCUUUAGAGGGCUUUAAAUUGUGAAUAUAUUUAAUUGAAUUCAAAUUAAUUACACUUAUAAAUCUAUUAAUAGAAUUAUUAUUACAAAAAAACAACCUUAAUAAACAUUAAAUUAAGAAAACAACAAAGAGAGGCGGGAUGGAGGAAGUAUUUUUCCAUUAAAAAUAAAACAAGGCAGCAAAUUGGUUUACUCUAUUGACCUGAAUAUAAGACGACCCCUCUUUUUCAAGACCUAAAACAAGUGUUUUUUUAAUUAUGUUUUCAAUGCCAUUGAAAUGACAACAACAAAAAAUAUCGAGGCCACAGAUUUUUUUAAAAAAUCAUGUUUUCAAUGUAGGUAAAAUAGUAGCAAAAAAAAAUCUUUAGACCACAAAUAUAACAUGACGCCUCUUUCAGUACCUGUUUUUGGUCAUUUUUUAAAUCAUGUUUUUAAUCUCAGCGAAGUAAGAACAACAACAAAAAUCUCUCAACCUCGAAUAUAAGAUGACUUAUCUUUUUCAAGACCUGUUUUCGGAAAAUACUUUUUUUAAAUCAUGUUCUCAAUGUCAAUAAAAUGACAACCACCAAAAUAACAUCUCUAGACCGCAGAUAUAAGACGACUAGUCUGUUUCAAGACCUGUUUUUGGAAAGACAACUUUUUUUUAAAUCAUGUUUUCAAUUUCCGUGAAGUAACGAAGACAAAAAAAAUCUCUCAACCUCGAAUAUAAGAUGACUAGUCUGUUUCAAGACCUGUUUUUGGAAUUACAUUGUGAAUGUAAGACGGUGUCUCUUUUUCAAAACCUGUUUUUGGAAAGACAGCUUUUUUUUUUAAUGAUGUUUUCGAUCUCAGAAAAGUAACAGCCACAAAAAAGUCUCAACCUCGAAUAUUAGACGACUUGUCUUUUUGAAGACCUGUUUUUGGGCUUUUUUUUUAUCACGUGUUUAAUGAGUGAAAUAACAACAACAGCAGAAAUCUGUAAACUAUGACCGUAUAAGACAUCUAGUCUUUUUCAAGACAUGUUCUUGUAAAUCCUGUUCUCAAUCCCCAAAAAACAACAACAUUUCUCGACCCAAAAUGUAAGACAAGUAGUUUUUUUCAAUACCAGUGUUUGAAACACGUUUUUUUUUUUUUUUUUAAAUCAUGUUUUUGAAAACAACAAAAUCUCCAGACCCCGAAUGUAAGACGGCUAGUCUUGGGAAGAAAAACGUGUCUUUCUUGUAUUCAGGUCAAUAUGAUAUACAGUACAUUCACUAAGCAUUCAGUAGAUGUUUUCAGGCUAUUUGCUUUUUAAACAUCAUGCCGCCCCGGAUGAAAUGCUCCCGAAUGUACCUGUAUAUGGCCUAGAUGCCGCAGAUUGCCCACCCCUGAUUUGUCCAGUUUCUGACACACUCCUGGUACACGUUUGCAGACCCCGAGCUUGUCGAACCUCACCUAACUGAAGGGGCUUUUGGAAAUACACACACUGUACAGUCGGUUUUAUGUUAUUUGUGUUGUUUUCUACUUGUUUAUAUGUAAAUGCUGUACAUAGGUAAAUAUAUGAGAAAUUGUUUUAAGAUGUGAAAAACUUAGUGGAAUAAAAGAAGUGUUGUAAUAUAU